AUGCGUCAGUCUGGAGAUAAUUGGGGAGAAGUGGAGGAUGGAUCAGAUUGGGGAGGAGUGAAGGAUGGAUCAGAUUGGGCAUCGAUGAAUAUCAACUCAAAAUCUCGAUACCUUCAUCGCAUCCCCGCAAAACCCAACUCCAGCACACUGGCGCCUGCACAAAUCUCCCGCUUCCACUGCUACAAGCAUCUGUUACCCUCAAUGGGUGACAAGGCUCGUGUGGUCGACGAGAUGCUUAGUCGAGCGAUUCAUGCAAAUCCAAAUGAUCCAUACGCAUGGCAUAUGUUAGGAGUUCGUUGUUUUUCUCAAAAAUUCUAUGAUGAGGCGCUUCACUGCUUUCAGAAAGCUGAAAGUAUAAAGGAAUCCUUCUCUGCCUCAAAUCUCUACUACUUGGGCGCAUGUUUGAAAGAACAGGGUUCAAUUGAGGAAAGCAAAUUCUACCUCAAGAAAGCUGUGCACACAACGACGAGGAAUGCAGUGGAUGAUAAGGGUAAAGAAGCUGCUGCGAAAUUGCUGAGGGAUCUUCAACUUGGCGAUUGU